UACACUAACUACACCAAGUACACUAACUACACCAACUACAUCUAUUACACCAACUACACUAACUACAUUAACUACACCAACUACACAUACUACACCAACUACCUCAACUACACUAACUACACCAAGUACACUAACUACACCAACUACAUCUAUUACACCAACUACACUAACUACAUUAACUACACCAACUACACAUACUACACCAACUACACCAACUACAUAUACUACACCAACUACACAAACUACACCAAUUACACUAACUACACCAACUACAUAUACUACACCAACUACACUAACUACACUAACUACACAUACUACACCAAGUACAUCAACUACAGUAACUACACCAACUACACUAACUACACAAACUACACCAACUACACAUACUACACCAACUACACAAACUACACGAACUACACAUACUACACCGACUACACUAACUACACCAACUACACUAACUACACCAACUACACUAACUACACCAACUACACAUACUACACCAACUACACCAACUACACUAACUACAUAUACUACACCAACUACACCAACUACACCAACUACAUAUACUACACCAACUACACCAACUACACCAACUACACAUACUACACCAACUACAGCAACUACACCAACUACAUAUACUACACCAACUACAGUAACUAUACCACCAACUACACUAACUGCACCAACUACAUAAUUAUGCUACACCAACUACACUAACUACACCAACUACAUAUACUACAGCAACUACACUAACUACACCAACUACACAUACUACACCAACUACAGCAACUACACCAGCUACACAAACUACACAUACUACACCGACUACACAUACUACAUAUACUACAUCAACUACACUAAAUACACUAACUACACGAACUACACAUACUACAGCAACUACAGCAACUACACCAACUACAUAUACUACACCAACUACACUAACUACACCAAGUACAUACACUACACCAACUACACUAAUUACUCCAGCUACGGGAACUACACCAAGUACUCUAACUGUACCAACUACACCAAACAUCAACUUUCUCGUAGUGGGCAAAGUGGUUGUGGAAUGUCCCUAUAUUCGUGAC